AUGUCUGGUUCCGGAUCCCAGCCGCCAAAGAGUACGGCUCAGGUGAUCAAUGAGAUCGAGAGGAAGAUACAGGUUCAACAGAACAUGAUCCAAGGGUUCCAAACAGUCAAGAAGAAGUAUACCACGGCUGAGAUGAUUCAAAAGUGUAACACUCAGAUCAGAGAGACUCAGGCCAACAUUGAUUACUUGCAGCAUACGUUGGCCAAGUUGUCUAUCAAGAACUCUGAGUCGACUGGUGGUGGUCCACAGCAACUGCAAUUGCUGCUGAGGCUGGUAGUGCCACAGCCUCAACAACAAUAUCAGUACCAAGAGUCACGAGAUCCAAGCUAUACUCGUCUCGAUAUUAUCAAAUAUGAAUGUCCUUCCUUGGGCCACAAGAUCCAGUACAUGCUUCAACAGUUGCAGUUCAAAUUGCAAGUGGAGAACCAGUAUCGUGAAGCCAACCAGAAAAUCUCCCAAUUGUAUUUGAUGGAUGGUGAUAAGUCGAGUUCCAAUGCGGCAGAAGGUAGCAAACAGGAAAGUGACCAUCGGAUCCAAUUGUUGACUAUGGCCAUGAAGAAGUACCAAAACAUGCACAUUGAUUUCGAUGAAGCCAAUAGAGAUAUGGAGAUCGUUGAUACGGGAAGCUAUUCAAGAAAACCAACCACCGGUAAACUUUAUAUCAGCAUCAAUUGUAUCAGAGACGUUGAUCAUACCACGGCAUCUUCUAAGAAACUCGAAACUUAUGUUAAAAUUAAGGUUGAUGACAUUGAAAGAGCAAGAACCAAAUAUUCCAAAAAUGAUAAAUGGUCUGAUGAUUUUAUCAUUGAAAUCGAUAAGGGGAACGAAGUGGAAUUGGCUGUUUUUGAUAAGUUGGGUAAUCAACUGUAUCCAAUUGCUAUUCAAUGGGUUUUGAUUUCUGAUGUCAUGGAAGAAAUCCGUAAACGGAAAUUAUCUAUGGAACAAACUCCAGAUGAAUGGGUCUCUUCAGUGUCUAACUUACAACAACAAGGAGGAGGAGCCCUUGAUAAACGUACUGCUACUACAUUAAAUUCUUCUUUGGAUAACUCCAUAGGAGGAGGAAAAUCUUCAAACUUAUACUCUUCUCCCCCUACAACUUCUAUAACUACUACUGGAGGUAAAGUUCAAUUGACUAAUUGGUUGAGUUUAGAACCAGUGGGUCAAAUUCUUGUUAAUAUUUCGUUUGAAAAAACCAAUAUUCAAAGUAAACCUAACUUUGGAAGGGGCCCUGCCCGUCAAGGUGCCAUUAGACUCAAGAAACAAGAAGUUUUUGAACAACAUGGUCAUCAUUUCAUUCAAAAGCAAUUUUAUAACAUUAUGUGUUGUGCACUUUGUGGUGAGUUUGUUCGGUACACUGGCUUCCAAUGUCAAGAGUGUCGUCUUCUUUGUCAUAAGAAAUGUUAUCUGAAAGUUGUCACCAAGUGUAUGUCUAAACCAAUGACUAACCACGGUGAUGAGGUCAACCUUAAACAUCGUAUUCCUCAUAGAUUUGAACCAAUCGCCAAUCAUGGUACAAAGUGGUGUUGUCAUUGUGGAUAUAUCUUGCCAUGGGGGAAGAAAAAUGUUAGAAAGUGUACUGAAUGUGGUGUAAUGUGUCAUGCUCAAUGUACCCAUUUGGUUCCUGAUUUCUGUGGUAUGUCUAUGGAAAUGGCUAAUACGAUCCUUAUGACUAUCCAAUCUGCUCGUGCAUCAACAAAGAAACCACCCGUUUCUCCAAGUAAGGUUUCAACAAUCACAACUUCAGAUGCAACUUUGAAUGAUUCUUAUAACGAGAAGAGAUUGAGUGGUCAAUAUCCAGAGCAAGAGAAGUUCCAAACUGCAUUGCCAACUACGAAGUCCAAUUUGCCUCAACUCCCUGUGAAGACUCCAUACUCUCCACCUAGAGACAGAGCCUCUCAUUCUAUGCCUGUUAAUGCCAAUCCACAGCCACCUUACCCACAGGAUGACUAUUAUAAAAAUAGUUUACCUCCAAUUCCUGCUAGUAAUGAAUUACCUUCCGAUGACACUACUUCUUCUAAUCGUCGUUCAAGAUAUGAUCAAUUCCAAGGCUUUGAUUAUGAAAAAGGAGCAGAGCUGGCAAGAACUUAUCAGCGUCAAGAUCAAGCUCAAUACAACCCUCGUUACGCUGAUGAUCUGCUGAAACAUUACCAAAUGCAACAGUAUCACUUGGAUCAACAGCAACAGCUACAGCAACAACAGCAACAGAUCAAGCAACAGCAACAACUACAGCUACUCAAACAACAACAACAGCAGUAUGAUCAACAGGAUCAGAUACAACAAGAACAAGAACUUCAAUACCAUCAACAACAUCAACAACAUCAAUAUCAACAACAACAACAACAGCAACAAUUACGUUCCCAACCCUCGCAAGCAAUUGGUGAGGUUCAUCCUGGUUCAAUUGAACAUCAAAAGGGUCACCAUCAAGCGCAUACUUCCGUUUCAUCAGGAGGUAGAAAGCAACGUAAGCCUAGAAUUGGGUUGGAUGAUUUCCAGUUUUUGGCUGUCUUGGGUAAGGGUAACUUUGGUAAGGUUAUGUUGGCAGAGUUUAGAAAGUCUCAAAAGCUUUGUGCCAUUAAGGUUUUAAAGAAGGACUUUAUUGUUGAGAAUGAUGAAAUUGAAAGUGUCAAAUCUGAAAAGAGAGUGUUUUUAACUGCAAACAAACAGGGUCAUCCUUUCUUACUCAAUUUGCAUUGCUGUUUUCAAACUGAGAAUCGUAUUUACUUUGUGAUGGAGUAUAUUUCUGGUGGUGAUUUGAUGUGGCACAUUCAAAAGUCUAAAUUCUCUCCUAAACGGGCCAAAUUCUAUGCAUGUGAAGUGUUAUUGGGACUUAAGUACUUUCAUGAUAAUGGAAUUGUGUAUCGUGAUUUAAAAUUGGACAAUAUUUUAUUGACAACUCAAGGUCAUAUUAAGAUUGCAGAUUAUGGGUUAUGUAAGGAAAGCAUGUGGUAUCAAGGAACCACAGGAACAUUUUGUGGUACACCUGAGUUUAUGGCUCCUGAAAUUAUUGCUGGGAAACCAUAUGGUAGAAGUGUUGAUUGGUGGGCUUAUGGAGUUUUAUUAUUCCAAAUGUUGUUAUGCCAAUCACCAUUUAAGGGAGACGAUGAUGAUGAAAUCUUUAAUGCGAUUGAACACGAUGCGGUUAAGUUCCCCAUUAGUAUGCCCAAACAAACUGUUUUGAUUUUACAGUCUUUAUUGACUAAAGAUCCAUCUCAACGGUUGGGUAGCAGUGAACGAGAUGCACUUGAAAUUAUGGAACAUUCAUAUUUCAGCGACGUGAACUUUGAUGACGUUUUGAACUUACGGAUUCAACCACCAUAUUUACCUGAAGUUUCAUCAGAACAUGAUUAUUCUAAUUUCGAUAAGGAGUUUACUUCUGAGACCCCUAGAUUGACCCCAGUUGAAACUGUUCUUGCGUCUGAAUUACAAGAACAGUUCCGUGGGUUUUCUCAUAUUGCAGAUGGGGCGCCAGUAUACUAA